UCUGUUGCUCCGACGAUCCACACGCUCGCUCGUUGCAAUUCAGCUUCGUAAUCUUUUACCAUGCACAGGACCACUGCCUGUCGCCUCCUUGUGUCAUCAAGACGUGCGACACAGGCAGCGAUUCCACCUCAUCCUUUACUUCCCAAUGUACUGUCCAACCGGCUCCAAAUUGAGGGGAGACUUGGACAUCCGGCUUUGGACAUAAGGAUCCUAAGGGCUUUAGAGGAGCACCGGAAGUAUGCCAAGCCUUUUGGUAAACGUAUAAUAUUCGAAUAUGAGACCAAUGCCUGCAAAACUCUCAGCAUGUACCUUCCUUAUGAGUCUGCACCUGAUCGGUCGAGACGCCCUCUAUUUGACAGAGUUCACGAGGCUCUGGUCCUGGUGGCACAUGUUUUGGUGGAUGGGUCACAACAUAAGAUUGCGGUCUCUUCAGGAUUUGCUGUGGAUGUUCCGGCUCAUGAUAGUUCCGUAGUUAUUUCCUGCGCUCAUACGCUAGAAGAAAUACGUCACAGCCCAAUCUUCAAAUCCUCUUCCUCCAACGGUGGGACAUUCGUUAUAACUUCUUCUAUGGAUGUCCACCCUGUAUCUUCAAUUUUAUCGUCGCUCCCUCGGUCAGACUUAAUAGCGUACUCCCUCCAUCCUUGUGUAUAUCUCGCAGCUACACUUCCUGUGAAUCCUUACCCUGCCCCUCUAGAAACGCCAACAAGAUGUCCGCUCGUUUCGUUCGAAUCUCCAGAGCCUAACGAGAAGGGCAAUAGACGGAACGAUUGGCUCAGCUGGAAAGACGGGGUUGUAAAUAGUCGAUGGGUAAAAGGGAAAAUUUUAGGAUACCGUGAUCGUGCAGGGCGAGAGGCACAGCCCGGUACCUAUGACCAUCUAUCACAUAUGUUGUUCUCGACCAUGCCUUCGCCUGGUUCUUCAGGAGCACCCAUAAUAGAUGAAGAAAAUGGAUCGGUGAUUGGAGUCAUAACAGGCCACGGCAUGGUCAACAGAAUCGAGGGUCAGAGGGGGUUUGGCACCCCAGCUGAAGCCAUAUACGAGAUGUUUUCGCUCCCUGGACUUCAGCAAUUCAGCAGCAAGGGGCACUAGAAUGUCAACUGGAUAUGUUGCUUGGAAUGUAUUACAGUUUUUGCACUUUCGAUAUCUUCUUCAGCGGGGGUAAUAAUGAGCUCAGGGUCCGAUUUCGAGAGAUUGAGCAGUGCAGGAAUCCCAGUCGAGGGAACGGGUGGCGCAGGAGUUGACCGAGAGGUAUGAUGCCAUGAAACUUGUACUGUACCAAUAUCGGGAACAGUCGUUCCUUUUCCUAAGGCCUGAAGCAAAGUUUAUAUAAACCACUGAAGAAUAAUAUGGACAAGUUCU